UGGAUACGUGUCUGUGUCUAUUUACUGCUGUUCAUCACUCUUGGGGUACAUUCAAGUAAAAUUGACGUCAACCCAGUGACAGAUGACAUCUCUAGGCUCUCUGUUUUGAGACAAAAUAUUCCUAAAGAUUACAAAAUUCCUGUACAUUUUGUUCCUAAAGAAGAGGGUGGGAUGUGUUGGGUAAAAUUAAACGUCUUCUACUUGGAGGAGAGUUUAAAAGAUUUAGCGCAUAAGUUUGGAAACAUUUCAUCCAACAGAAAAGAUAUUAGCAUAUUCAUCCAAAUGCUCCAAGAACUGCGGCUCAACAUGGGGUCUCUGGAGCCGAUCAUGUACGAUUUUGAGUGCCACUACAGGGAAGAGAGGUGGCAGACAGCGCGAUACUUUGACUUUGUCAAAGACUUCCUUAUAGCUGCACAGAAUAGAGAAGAUUCAGAUGACUGUAAUCCUCCUCCCUGUCCCACGACACCAUACACAGUAACUUCAGAAGAAUAUUUAGAAGCAUCACCCACGUCCAGCAGCAAAGGCUCAGACUGUACGACAGGCUGCAAUCCACUUCCAAAUCAAGGAGAGAGAUUGCUGCCUGAGGUGGUGGAGCGAAGCCUUCUCUCCUUACUCUUCAUCCCACUCUUAGGCCUUGUAUUCCUGAUCGUGUGGAAGGUCCGAUCACGGAGGAACGAGCUGGCUCCUCAACAGAACCCCGGAGCAGGGGCAAUCUUCACAGGAACAGAAUGGACUGCACCUCCACUGGAUGAAAUAUCAGAAAAAAACAAGUUGAACGUCAUUGAAACUGUGUAAUGCUUUUACCCCUCGAUGUUCUUCAGCAUAUUUGGGCACUACUCGUUCCUCCUGUUGGUGUCCAGAGGUGAUGAAAAACAAACUCGAGGCUUAAUUCCAUAGUGAGACCUCGGAGGUGAAAAGCCUGUUUUUGACUGCUCUCCAGAUUGACAAUGGCAAUGAUCGAUUGCCAUGACCAAGAUUUCUCUGGUUAAAUCAUGCCUGCUACCAUAUGGAUAAGCUUGCCUUUCUUUGUAAGACUGCAUUAACCAACCGCAUGCUUUUGUCAGAGAGAAACCCCUGUAUCAUGUCUCCACUGGAUUCUCUGGCUCCUGCAAAUCGUCCAUCAGACCCUGCUGCAUCAUGAAUUCUUUUAGGGAAACACAACGGAUGACUAUUGAAAUGAAUAAUGAAAAUCAGUUGUUAGGUUGGAGUGUGAACAGGGCACGCUGGCUGUGACCUUUCCCAUAGGGCCGUCCUGCUGCUGACUACCUGACACUGACCAAAGUGAGCAGGACACAAAUAUCUGUUUCUGUAUGUAGUAGUAUUUCUAUCAUGUUCUUACAUUGUACCAUGUCCAUUCUUUGGUUUUGUGCCUUGUUUGAUUAGUGAGAUUGACUGUGUAAAUGUCAAAAAGCCUGUCUAUGUUUCUGUGUGGUAGCAGACAGUGGUGAGAUCAUUACAUGGCAGAUUAGAAUAAUCUCACCACGGUAACCCAGCAGAUGGUCUCCAAUCUGUCUCUCUUUCUCUUUCUCCUAAAUGAACUCAAGACCAUGACAGUUUAGUUUGGCUUGACCUGUGCCCAGACGAUCCUGGAAACAGUUUGCAGUGGUUGGGACAUUUCUGGCCACACAUUACAUUUUAGCAAUUGUAACCUUUAGGAAACGGUUCAGCACGUAACUCUGCUUGUUUCAUGUGUAUAUGGGACUAUAUGUUGGGACUUUUUGUUAAAGCAGAUGAGACUAUAUUGUGCUAAAUUGAAUCUGUGUUUAAAAAAAAAAAGUAUACCACAUUGGUGUUCAUAUAGUUCAGAGCAACAGUACCUUUCAGCAUCAAUAGCUGGAAUUCUUUGGUGUGGUAAAGUAUUGUGUGUCAUGUUGAACUGAAAGAUAAUCUUAUUCAUUCCAAAAUCCGUCUUUGAAGAACACUCUAUGAACGUCGACAUAUUACUGGUGCCAUAUUCUCUAUGGCAGUUUAGAGCUGAGUCUGUGUUAGCGAAUGUAUACCACAUUGGUGUUCAUGUAGUCCACAGCAGCAGUACUUUUAGCAGGAAUAUCUGAAAUUAGUGUUGUAGUGAAGUACUGGAAAAAAUGUAAGCUUUUAGACGAUGACGUCCACGCAAACAUUUAUUUUUGAACAAUAUUGGAACAUACUAUCUAUGACAGUUUAGACCUGAGACUUUCCAUUCAGUCAGCGUUAGGUUUUGCUUCUCUGCAUGAAGUCUAUUACAUGCAGUGUCCACUACUCUGAGACCCAGGCUAGUCUCGCCACAAACAAACUAACAUACAAGGUAUACUAUGUCAAACGUUGUCUUUCAUACAUAGUCUAUGAAUUUCAUGAGCUGCAACAGGUCUAAGCUGUGAACAA